GGAUGGGCCGGACGGAGAAGUAUUUCCGAAGACGAAUUUUGUCAUGAAGGACAUGGAUGUAAGCCUAUUCGAAGCUCUUGUAAACGAGAUCUCAGGAGAACUAAGAUAUUAAUAAAUGUCAAGUUGAACUUGACGGACAUACGAACUGUGCCCGACUUCAAGCCCACAAUCGAAGAGAACGGCUUCUGCUUCCUCGAGAACAAAUCGAGAGAACUUCCAAAGAUGACAGGUGCUAGUGAUUGCAAACCUUAUCUGGAAGAGAUGUCGCAAUUCCUGAAAAUACGCCUGGGAACUAAUGAAAUAUUCCCCAUCAACGCAAAUGUUCGGCCUCAAAAUAUCAUCUUUGAGUUUCUUUUCACUAACUAGGGUCUCUUCCGGGAAAAAGUUCCGCGAUUCACGCUCGACUGGAGGCCGUACUGGGCAUCUCCCGUUUGCCCAUCUAGACAACACGGUGUUUAGCUCAUGGAGUCGUAUUUCCUUGUUCCUCACCGAGGAAGAGAGAGAGCGUGUUCUGUCAGGCCAGAGCCGGGCAAGAAUUAUCAACAUUUGGCGCCCAAUGUUCAAUCACGCGGAAGAUAUCCCCCUCGCAGUGUGUGACCCGAGAACGAAUAUCGAUCUUGCCGAUGUUGUCUCAGUUGAUCGCAUCACCUAUGAAGCCACCAAAGAGGUAGCAUACUUUUCCUGGAACCCCGCUCAUAGAUGGUACUGGAUGAGCAACCAAACCCUAGACGAGAUUGUCAUAAUGACUCAAUACGAUACUCACCCGCCAGGCGGCUUCUUCAACAUUGUGCCCCACGCAGCAUUUCGAAAUGGAGCUGCCCGUCCCGGCUGCCCAUCCCGUUGUAGCGUUGAGGUGCGGUUCAUUGUACUGGAGCCGGCUCCAUACCAGAAAGAGGGACCCGGUCCUAACGGCCCGUUUCCGGAUGAUAGUCGGGUCCAGCCAUGGAAGGAUUGGGUUACACCAUCUGAACCCCAACCUGUUCCAGCACCGACCACCGACAACAGACCGAUGUAUUUCUGAUUUGGGUCCAGUGACGGUCCCUCGAGACCCUGGUGAAGUGCGGUACCUGUCCCGUGUUUGUGAAUAAGCUAUAAACGAAGUAGGCUAUUCAAAUACGAAUACUACAUACUUUCGAAUGUACCUGGGGGCUGGCAGGUAUGGUGCAGUGCAGAAAUGAUAUAGCUGAAAUGGACUUCCAAGCUCACGUACCGUA